CUUGAAAACAAUUCUAAAACCUUCCUCUUCGUAAUACGAAUCCAACGGCGAAAGAAACGUGGAAAACGGUCGUGAAACGAGGGAGAAAAGCUUUACCGGAGCUCCGUCGGACUGAUUUUCACGUCGGAAACGGGGAGGAAGGAGUUGCCGCCGUUGCCUCUAUCCAGCUUUUGGACCGUCCCCGAACACUCUGCCUUGCUACUCGUCCAUCGCCGUCGCAAGUGAUAAUCUAGAGACAAAAUAGAGGAAGAGAAAUAGAAGCAUUGGAUUUGAGGUCCUCCCCCUAAUCAAGAGAAAAUGGACAAUGCAGCUAUGGCGGCUCGCCGUGAGGCAAAGGCCAACAAGGACCGGGCGGCGUUGGCUAAGGCUCGUGCGGCCGCCCAAUCUUCUAAGGGCACCUCGUCUGCCGCAUCCCAGGCUAGUCAGCGCGUUGCUGAAGCAGAGCGGCUUCUUGUCGCUGAGGUGACUGGGCAAACCUCUGAGGCCCAUCAUCCUCAAGAUAACCGGGUCCUGAAUGUGGACCCGGUCGGCGUUGGUAUCCCUACUGGUGGGGAAAAGGACAAGGGGAAGAAGACGAAGAGGCCGCGCCUUGAGUCCUCUGUUCCUAAGUCCACGAACGUCGUGGUUCCCUCCGCCGUUCGUCCGAUCUCUGAUGUCUGGAAGGACAUGGCCCUUCAGGCCAGGCUGGAGUUGUCAGGUCGUUCUUCAGGCGACUCUGUUGAUAGUGCUCUGCUUCUGAGCCUUGAGGCUGGGUUGAGCUUGUUGCAGGCCAGGGCCGCUCGGGAGAAAGAUCUCGCCGAGCUCAAGAGGAAAACCGAUGCGGCUUCCAAGAGAGAGCAGGAGGCCGUGCUGCUGCGGGAGGCUGCUCAGGCGGAGGUGAAGAAGGCACAGGCUGCCCUGGCUCAGGCUUUACAGGAGCUCCUGGCCGUUCGGGCUCAGGGCGAGCAUGAAAAACAAUGCCUGCUUGCCAAGGUGGCCCUUGCUGAGAAGUAUGGGAUUUCUUUUGUUCCUGCCGCGGAUCAGCUGGAGUUCAAGAAAACUACCCAGUUCAUGAGUAUUGUCGGGAGCUGUUUGGGAGGUUUUCGAGGCCGAGGUGCAGUCGGUGUCGGAUAAGGAGUGCUUGGUUCAUGGGGUGCGGCUUUUGGAGAAGACCGCACUUGGUGGUGAGUGCCUUGCAGAGCUUGCCGACGAUGCCUUUGCCAAAGGGUACUUCGAAGGUGUCAAGGCCCUUAGGAGUGUGCUCCCUCUGGCCGUCUGUCCCCCUUUCAACGUGGAAGAUUAUACUGAUGGGGCCGAGCUUCGGCGAGUCAUGGGAAAACUCGGCCGAGAUGAGCAGCGCACAGCGGCUGUUCAGAGGGGUGAAAUCCCUGAUCCCCCCACUCCUGAGAUUCCCUUUGUGCCAUCGGAAGAACUGCCGGCCUCCCCACGCUCCCCUCCUCAUGGCUUCCUUGCAUGAUUUUGUUAGUUCCCCCCUUUUUCUUAGUUGUAUAUUCCGGCCGGUAGAGCCGAAGAAUAAAGCUUCCUUUUGCACUUA